AUAAGUAAUACAAAUUUGUUACAUUUUUUGACAGUGUCUUUGCUAGCAUUUUUCCAUCGGCUUUAAUUUCUAAAAAUGGCUCUCAGAGGGUGGUUAUUGAUUGUUUGUUGAAUUUUAAAUAGAAACCUCUACAAAGAAGUGUGAUCAAUACUGGGUUGCCAUAGGAAUAAAUACAUCUAUUUACCCAAUUUAAAUAAAAAUUCAAAGUGCAAUGUCCGACCAUAGCAGUUCUGUGUUUAACAAUUCAUGUUUAAAAUUGCCCAGAAACCCCAAAAGCCAUCGCCCUUUGCCUGUAUACGAGCAAAAGUAUUUGAACCAAUUACAAAACGAGGCCACGAAGUUGAAUUUAGAAUCGUCCAAUGAAAUCAGCAUGAAAGCCCGAUCUUCAAGAGAUAAAGAUCCUGUUAAAUCUUUCAUCGAAUUCUUCGACAGUAUCCCAGAAUACGAUGAGCUAAAUCAUUUAUCUAGUAAAGAAUUUUACAAAAGAAUAGAACUGUUGAAAGAGAAACAAAAAACGUACACUGAUUACGUGCAAAGCGAGAGUAACGUCGUUGAUGAAAAUCCAGAGUGGCUAGAAGAAUAUAAAAAUUACGCAAAAAAGAAAUUUGAUGAUAAAAAGAAGAAAACGAAACCGUUUUGUGUAACACCAAUUCUUAGUAAGAGUCCUAAGUACUUGAAAACUGUCGAAGACCUGGACUCUGUUAGUUUUUCCGAUAAGGAUUUGUCGCUAAAACCACCCUCAAGGAGAUCUGUACGGAUUGAAACUCCUAGUGAUAAAUUAUCACCAGGGGAAACAUCAUCUGAGCUUUACAAAAGACCCAAAUCGCGUCUUCCUUCAGCAAGUUCCAAAGGUCAAAACGACUGGGAUAAUUUUAGCAUCGAUGAUUAUAAAUUAGACUUGGAAAAUUGCUCUCCGAAACAAUCAAAAAGUGCACCUAAUAGUCCGGCUAGAGCCAAAUCAAGUGUGGGCUGGAAGGAUAAUGAAAUUACCAUUCCCAAACCGUUUGAAAUGACCGUUAGAGAUGAAGAAAAUAAAAUUGUUGAUGAACUGAUGACGAAGGCAAAACCUAAACAAGAAAAAACAGAGUUGUUUAAAGCACAUCCUAUUCCGAUUGAAUCGCAGAUCCCACUUUUUGAUAAAAUUAUGGCCGAUCAAGAGAGAAAAAACAAAAUUGUUCGCGAACGCAGUAAAGCCCUGCUGCAAGCACAAAUGCGGCCGUUUUCUUUUACUCGAAGAGACGAAGAAAUACAAAAUCUAACGAAAGGUCUAUCCAAAUCAUCUCCAAGUCUAUUCCUUGACGACCCUCCCAUCAAAAUAAAAAAAUUUAAAGCAAAGCCCAUUCCAAAGAACUUGUUCAGUAACUACAUUUACCAAAAGAUGCAUGAAGAUGAGUUCUACAGAGCUUUACAGAAGAAAAUUCGAGCUGAGGAAAUGCUCCGUGCUGCUUCCUUACCUCCUUCAAUGGCCAAAAGGGAAAGAACUAGCCACAAGUACGAUGUUUGUCCACGCUCUUACCGAGAUGUUGCCGUAAAUAAACCAACAAAACCAAAGAAGAACAAAGGUUACAAGUGCGGUUCCAAUUACGAGAAGGAGUUAGAAGAGUUGAAGAAUGAAUUCUUGGAUAUUAGUCCUAAACCAAAAUUUAAAAGAUGUGGAAAAAAACAAAACAAGGGUUGCAGAAAUUUCUCCGCUAGUAGUUGCGAAAGUCGCACCCCAUCGUCUUUGUCUUCUAUUAAUCGUUCCAAUUUGGCCGCUGUUUUGAGAAUACAGUCGGCCCGCAAACGUCUUGAACUGGAUAUAUGUCAAAAGCUUGAAGAAGCAAAACUCAAAGAAGAAGCUCGUUGGAGGGAAAAACUAAUGAGGAAGAAACCCGUUUGGCAAGCUUUAGCCUACAGUCAUGAGGAAGAUCUCGCAAUGAGAUUACAGCUGCGUCGAGACGAAGAAAAAUUACGAAGUGAAGAACACAAACUAAGAAUGCAGUUGAUGUUGGGGAGGGUUAAUCAACAACCAACACUGUUCGAGCGUCAAUCACAAGUCAAAUAUCUCAGAACCAAAGACGAAUUAUUAGAUAAACUGUACACUGAAUACAAGUCUCGUAAAAAUUCCAAACGCAGUAUCAGCGACUUGUCCGAUAUGCGCACUUUAGCAGAAGUCAAAGACGAGGCAAUCCAGGCUUUACUCGACGACGACUUAAAGCAAGACUUAGAUUCUUUGAACUCGAAGGAGAGCAUUCAGGAAGAAAAGGAAAAGUGUGACAGCAUUAGCAGCGAGGAGAACCAAUCGAAUUAAAUUAAUUUACUAAUCCCAACACAAAACAAAUAUAACUCAGUCUUAAUUUAAGAAAC